CUGCUGCUGUCCCAACCGCCCGCUUGGGCUGCGCCGCGGCCACGCCGCCCCGUUACGGGCGCAGCCCGGUGUCCCGUGGUUAACCGCGUCCCCGGGGGCUGCCCCCGCGCUCCUUGCGACAGCCAGAGGCAGCCGGUAACCGGCCGCCCGGGGCCGCCCUGAGCCGCCCCGCCCGAGCCAGCAGCCUCCCAGCCCCCCCGCCACCCCGCGCUGCGGCCCGGAAACCCGGCGGCCCCCGGGGGGCUGUUUUGCUCUUCCGGGGCGCGGUGUCCCGGGCCCCGUCCGUCGUCCCCCCCCCGAACCCCUUUUUCCAGCUCUUAAACGGGGCGCUGGCACGGGCGGCCCCGCCCCGGCGACUGCUGCGGGGCCCGGAGGCCCCGGGGGGCCCGGCCCGCGUGGGCUCCGCGCCCCUGACCCGCGGGCCGGGCCGGGCGGCGGCGGGCAGCAGGCCCCGGCCGCGGGGGGAGGCGGCGCCGCCGCCGCCCGGUCCCGCCGUGACCCCGCGGCCGAUCACUUCCAGGGCGGCCCCGGCUCCCGAUUUGAAAAUGCAGGAGCGGCUGGUGGUGCUGCUGUGCGCGCUGGCGCAGCGGCGGGCGGGCGGGCGGCGGGCCAUGGCCGGGGCGGCGGGCUGGGACGGGCCGCAGCGGCGCGCCUGGCUCCGGCACUACUACAGCCAGCGGCAGAAGCGCCUCAUGACGCUCCUGAUCGCUCGCCGGAGGAGAACCAGCUGCUACUUCUACCCCCGCGCCUGGCCUGGCAUCAGGAGUGCGGACUGGUGGGAGCGGGUGGUUCUGAAGGAGUUUGGGCCCCAGGACUGGCUGGAGAAGUUCCGUAUGUCCAAGGAGACCUUCUUCUACGUCUGCAACCAGCUGCGGCCCGGGCUGGCUCCGCACAGCGCCCACUUCCACCCCACCCUGCCCCUGGAGAAGAGGGUGGCUGUGGCCCUGUGGCACUUGGCCACCAACGUGGAGUACCAGACUCUCAGUCCGCUCUUUGGUGUGGGGCCCUCCACGGUGCAGACGUGUGUCCGGGAGGUGAGCUACGCUGUUGUCUUGCUGCUGAAGCCCCUCUACCUCCGGCUGCCCAACGAGAAGGAGCUGGAGAACAUGGUGCGCAUCUUCCGCACCCGCUGGGGCUUCCCGCACUGCAUCGGUGCCCUGGACAGCCUUCACAUCCCCAUCCACCCACCCCUGCGCCUCAGCGCCGACUACUGCAAUGGCCAGGGCUGGCACUCCAUCCUGACACAAGCCACCGUGGACGGGUUGGGCCAGUUCUGGGACGUCUCCACUGCCUUCCCUGGCAGCAUGGAGAACAGUGCUGUCCUGGAGAGCUCCAGCUUGUGGGUGCUGGCCAAGGAGGGCCGUCUCUGCCCCAACCCCCCCAAGCACUUCAUGGGGAAGGCGCAGAAGUACGUGCUGCUGGGUGAUGCCACCUACCCCUUGCAAGACUGGAUCCUCAAGCCCUACCAGGAGGACGAGAACCUCACCCAACGGCAGCUGCAGUUCAACUACCGCCUGAAGCGGGCACACAGCGUGAUCGAGAACGCCUUUCUGCGCCUGAAGGCACGCUGGCAGAUCCUCCUGAAGUGCGACGACUGCAGCCUGGAGCUGCUGCCCACCCUCGUCCUCGCCUGCUGCAUCCUGCACAACGUCUGCGAAGCCCAUGACAACCCCUUCAAUGAGGAGUGGCUGGAGGGCACCGAGCCGACUGAGUUGCCCAAGCCCUGCCAGCCCGCGCCUGCUGCCAUGGAGGAUGGCCGGGCCGAGCAAGUGCGUGAACUGAUGUGCCAGUACUUCGAGAGCUGCGGGGAGGGCUGAUGGGGUCGGGGGGAGAAGCAGUCCUGUGCAUCCUUGCUCGCAGACAUCCCACGGACUCCAACAAAUGCUGGCCCAGUGGUAGUAAGCAGGCUGUUUGGCAAAGGACUGCACCUUCUCACCUCUGCCGAAGGCUGCCGGCGGAGCGAGGAAGGCUGUUGGGGGCACCGGCUGUUCCCAGCAUGGGGAGGGGGGCGGCUGCAUCAUGCUCGUGCUGGCUUUGCCAUGGUGGUUUCAGGCAGUGGAAUGUAUUUUGUGCCCUUGCCCUCUUCCAGGA